AACUAAUCGUGUUUUUGAAAAAGAAUACAUUCUAGAAGUCGCCGUGGAAGGGGUCGUCGGUGUUCAGCACAUACGGAUACAUGGGCUUGAUGCCAAACUGCUCCCAGGUGUGCGCCGAGUUGAUGCGCAUGGUGACCACCGAGUCGCCGAGCCUUGAUCUGGUCCACGGUUUCUGCGCCGACCAUGGCCUGGACCUCAGGCUCCUGGAUGAGCUCCUCAACGAGGCCGCGGAUGACUGGAUCGCCCAGCAGCUCCUCGAGCAUGUCAUACACAUUGCCGUCCGACACCAGCCAGCGGCCAGCCGGCAGAUGACCAUCGCUGUUCUGCUGAAUCAGCGCGUAGAUGACACGGGCAGCGUCAGCACAGUGAGUCAGAUGCAGGCUGCGCUCGCGCAGCGACAGGCGCGUGCGCAGGAGCUUUUUGUCGGUGAAGAACCGACCCCAGUUCUUGGGCGCACGGACACCUCCCCAGAGCCCAGCCAGAUUCAGCACCUGUGCGUUGUGCUUGCUAAUAAAGAAUUCCUCGGCCUCGACGCGGGCACCUCCGGUCGCAAUAUCCGGGACAGGUGAAGCGGGUGCUCGGAAUUUCCUUGAAGCCCCGAGUGGACCCUAUGUAGAUCCAGUUUGGCUUGAAGCCUUCCA